AUGGAUGUGGACAAUUUGACCGAGACGAUGAAUGCCGCCCAUUUGCAUGAUGUACAUGAUGGGCGAGGAGUCUUACCCUUCUGUCCCCCAACGAACGCCUCGAGAAUGCUGAAGGCGCUGAACAACAUUCCAACCUUUUUAUUCCGCGUUGCAUCUCCAUACUUUGACGGAGAGACAAACGAAACGUGGGUGCGCUCAGAAUCAUCAAAGAGAGGGAAUACUUCAUCUCUCGAAGAUAUUUUCCAUGGCUUGAAUGACACGAAGAGAAGAAUUGUAGCGCAAACGCUCAAUAAGCACCUUAGAUGGUGGCCAAAGGAAGAUCUGGAAGAUAAUUUCAUAUCAUGGACAAGUUCACUUCUCUUUGCGCUUCAGUACAUUAACUAUCUUCAUCUGAGCAGCAACUACACACCAAACCUAGAAGAGACCAACCUGUACGUUGUAGAUACAACGCUGUUCCCUGGCGGCACGUUUGCUCGAGAUUUAGACCUUAUCCAAGAAUUCGAAUUAUUUGAUAACCAUCCGCCCGUUACUGACCUGAGGCGUCUAUCGGAGCUCCGAACGCACCCUAGCUACUAUUUUGGAGAAUAUUUGUCGCAGGGUCGUAUGGAAAUGGCUGACAGAUGUCAAGUGAUCUCUGCGACGUUACUCAUGAAUGAUGGUAGAGUGAGCCAGAUACAACCUCAAUUUAAGGAUAUAGCGACUCUGCGGCGGAUGAACGAAAAACCAGGAUGGCCAACGGAGGUACAACGUCUUCGCCGAGUUGUCUGGUCAAGUUGCAAACUACCGCGAUUAACAGCCCAGGAAUCAAUCAGUCGCAUCAGUGCGGUUAAAGAAAUAAUAAAGGACCUCGGUUCCGAAUGGAAAUUACCCCUAGCUAUGUAUUUUAUGGCGUUGAUUGGGCCAGACCUUGAGAUAGAAGAUCAAGAAACGACUGCCGAUAAUAGCUUCUUUGAAUAUCUAGAUCGUGCAACGCCUCCGUCUGAGAAUUUAGAGGAAAAGCGAAAAGAUCUGUCGAUGUUCAAACUCAGCGCACCAGGAACUAUGCCUGAACUGAAGAGGGUCGAGGUCUUGAUUCACCAAGUUCAGAAGUAUAUUCGGCUUAAAAAGGAACUAGAUAGAUUCUAUAGAAGGAGUAGAGGUAAUUCUUCGAAAUUUACUUAUCAGAUCUGA